AUGGCAAAGGAGGCUGAUCUAGACCAUAGCAGUAUUGCAAUUAUUUGGGAAGAAUUAAGGUUUCUUAGAUCUUGUAAACUUUAUCUACUAUUAAAUGCGACUGUCCAACUGCUUAUAUCUUUAAUAUAUUUGUUAUUCUUUGGGGCAGUUAUUGUGGCAGAUCAAAACGCUAAUUGCAAUGGUAAGUUUGGUGUUGAUUAUGAGUGGCCAUUACUCGACUUUGGAGAUGGAGAUAAUUCUUUAGAGCAAAUCCUUUGGAAGAUCGAGAUUGUGCAAUCUCGAGUCCACAAAUUGAAGACUCAGCUUGACAAGGUGAUGAACAGUAAUGCUGGGAGGCUCUCUUCUGCAGAGAAUUUAAACCUGCAUCUGCCAUCUGAGGUGGUGCCUUCAAGUUCUGCUCGAAGUCCUACUGUCUCUUUGGGCAAAGGAUACACCACACAGACUGGGUUUUUACAUAUUCCACCUCCACAUGUACCAGAGCAUGAGAUUGGUGAUCUGGUGAUGCCUGAAAGUGCAGUUUCAAGUUAUGGGGUGGCAAAUCCUCUUCCUGAUAUAAUUAAAAUAACACUGGAACUAUUAUCUGCUGCUGAUAUUGCUCUGGAUCAGCUACAGAUUGGUGAUUCAUGUGAAGAUAUUGCAGAUGAUGUUUUGAUACAUAAUCAGUCAAUUCAAGAAGAGUUGCUCAGUUUUGAAAAGUUAAAGAGUCACCCCUUAGAGAAGCCUUGUGAUCCAGUGAAAGAGAAAGAGAAGAACAGGAUUUCCCCAGUUUCAGCACCAGAACCUAACUUUGCCCAAAAGACCAUUGUUGCUCAGGAGCAGUCAACUAUGAAGUCUUGCUUAGCUUCUGACUUUCAUGUCCCUAAGAACAAGAGAAAGAAAGGGGAGCGGAAAGCUGGUUCCGGUAGCUGGAGUAAGAAAUCAUUAGGUGAGCCUGACCAUUGAGCUUGAAGUCGUCUUAGAGUUGGCCUCUUCAUUUGAAGAUUGAAGCACUCAGACAAAAAAUGGUACAGUUUUUCAUUUUUAAUUGAUGUAAAUUUUUUUUUGUUGUUAAAAUGUAAAUUUACUUAAUAUACUGGGAUUUUUUUGUUCAUAAUCUACUGGAGUUAUUGUUGAAGUUGUAAGUU